GAGCUUUUUCGACGGAUAUAACCCCUCUGCACUUGGAACAGAAGACUAUCCGAACUGCCAAAUAUCACCUCUUUUUUAGUUCUUUGUUCUUCAGAGUUCGAUACUGUUAUUAUGGAGAUAUCAAGACUUCAAUGCCGACCAACCCCGCUCCAUUUUUCUCCGGAAAGCCACUUUCUUGUUCGAAGAGUAUAUCUUUCCUCCUUACCUUAUCUCAAUUACAGGACCAAGCUUUCCCGUCAAAAGAAGUUCAUUAUUUCAGCCUCAUCCGCUUCUUCUUCGAGUGGGCCUGAAGGCUUCUCUUGGCUGCGGCUUGCUCAGUCUAUUCGUCGCGGUUCUCAAAGAUUUUUUGAGAAUUUGGGUGAGUCCUUGAAGAAAGAAACCGGGUUUGAUUUGGAAGAUGCUAUGGUAAGAGUUGAUGAGAUUUCGGGCAGGGCCCGUGACUCGGCACGGAAUGCACAGGAUGCUGUAGAACGUGUGAACUCCGAGCUGCUGCCUCAGUUUGUGAGUUGGAAUAAAUGGGAACGUUGGAAGGAUAUAAAGAAUUGGGAACCAAAAAGAUUGGGUGUUUUGGUACUGUACAUUUUUGUCGCAAUUUUUUCCUGUCAAAGUAUAUAUAAGGCAGUCCGAGCUCCUAUUAUUGAGCGUGAAAGAAGAGAAUUGGCUGAGGCAUACAUGGACGCAUUAAUUCCUGAGCCGACACCCACUAAUGUGCGAAAAUUCAAACAAGGUUUAUGGAGGAAGAGUACUCCCAAAGGUCUGAAGCUCAAAAAAUUUGUUGAAGGACCUGAUGGUUCACUUGUUCAUGAUAGUUCUUUUGUUGGGGAGUAUGCAUGGGAAGAUGAUGCUGAAAAGGCCCAAGACAGCAUAAACAAAAUAACAGAACAGGACACGACAUUGAACAGCGAGGAUGAAAAGGUUCUGCAGCAAGAUUUAGGUCUAUCAGAUGAGAAUCAGAGUACUGGAGGAACAUGGCGUGAUAGACUUGCAGCAUGGAAAGAAAUUCUUCAGAAGGAGAAGUUAGCUGAACAACUCGAUUCAUUAAAUUCCAAGUAUGUGGUGGAAUUUGACAUGAAAGAGGUUGAGAACAGUCUUCGCAAGGAUGUAGUAGAGAAAGCGAAAAACACACAGGGAACACGAGCACUGUGGAUCUCCAAAAGAUGGUGGCGCUAUCGCCCAAAACUUCCUUACACUUAUUUCCUUCAAAAACUUGAUUCCUUUGAGGUUGCUGCAGUUGUAUUUACAGAGGAUCUCAAGACAUUGUAUGUGACGAUGAAAGAAGGAUUCCCUCUAGAAUAUGUUGUUGAUAUCCCGCUCGAUCCUUUCCUGUUUGAGGCAAUAUCCGGUUCUGGAGUUGAAGUAGAUCUUCUACAGAAGCGACAAAUACAUUACUUUCUGAAAGUUGUAUUUGUGCUGUUGCCUGGAUUACUAAUCUUAUCAUUCAUCAGGGAAUCUCUAAUGAUUCUUCAUAUUACCACAAACCGUUUUCUUUAUAAGAAAUAUAAUCAGCUCUUUGAUAUGGCAUAUGCUGAAAACUUAAUUCUGCCAGUUGGUGAAGUUGGUGAAACAAAAUCUAUGUAUAAAGACGUAGUAUUAGGAGGAGAUGUCUGGGAUCUUCUGGAUGAACUGAUGAUAUAUAUGGGAAAUCCCAUGCAGUAUUAUGGAAGAGAUGUGAAGUUUGUGCGAGGUGUACUUCUCUCUGGCCCCCCAGGAACAGGGAAAACCCUCUUUGCAAGGACACUAGCAAAGGAAAGUGGGUUGCCUUUUGUUUUUGCUUCUGGUGCAGAGUUUACAGAUAGUGAGAAAAGUGGUGCUGCAAGAAUCAAUGAAUUGUUUUCAACUGCAAGGAGAAAUGCUCCCGCUUUUGUAUUUGUGGACGAGAUAGAUGCUAUUGCUGGUAGGCAUGCUAGGAAGGAUCCUCGAAGAAGUGCAACAUUUGAAGCACUGAUUGCUCAGCUGGAUGGGGAGAAAGAAAAAACUGGGGUUGAUAGAUUCUCUCUGAGACAAGCUGUCAUUUUCAUAUGUGCUACUAAUAGACCAGAUGAAUUGGACCUUGAAUUUGUUCGCCCUGGACGUAUUGACCGGCGUGUAUAUAUUGGGUUACCUGAUGCAAAGCAACGAGUACAAAUCUUUGGUGUUCAUAGUGCUGGAAAGGAGCUAGCUGAGGAUGUUGAUUUUGAAAAGGUGGUCUUCCGCACUGUCGGCUAUUCUGGUGCAGAUAUAAGAAAUCUAGUCAAUGAAGCAGGAAUUAUGUCUGUCAGGAAAGGGCAUUCAAAGAUCUGCCAUCAAGAUAUCAUUGAUGUAUUGGACAAGCAGUUACUUGAAGGAAUGGGUGUGCUUCUCACUGAGGAAGAGCAGCAGAAAUGUGAACAAAGUGUAUCUUUCGAAAAGAAAAGACUUCUGGCAGUACAUGAAGCGGGUCACAUAGUGUUGGCUCACUUGUUCCCUCGAUUUGAUUGGCAUGCGUUUUCUCAGCUGCUACCUGGUGGAAAGGAAACUGCUGUGUCUGUUUUUUACCCUCGAGAAGACACUGUAGACCAAGGUUAUACAACCUUCGGGUACAUGCAAAUGCAAAUGGUGGUUGCUCAUGGUGGGCGGUGCGCGGAGCGUAUUGUAUUUGGUGAUGACAUUACUGAUGGUGGAAGAGAUGAUCUAGAAAAAAUUACCAAGAUUGCUCGAGAAAUGGUGAUAAGCCCUAGAAAUCCAAGGUUGGGGCUCACUGCCUUGACAAAAAGAAUUGGGCUGGUUGAUCGACCAGAUAAUCCGGAUGGUGAAGUAAUAAGAUACAAGUGGGACGAUCCUCAUGUGAUUCCUGCAAACAUGACGCUUGAAGUUUCUGAGCUUUUUACAAGGGAGUUGGCAAGGUACAUUGAUGAGGCAGAGGAACUUGCUAUGAAGGGCCUUAAGGACAACAGGCAUAUAUUAGACAUGAUUGCCCGAGAACUGUUGGAACAUUCAAGAAUAACGGGAUUGGAAGUACAAGAAAGAAUGAGAGAAUUAUCCCCUAUUAUGUUUGAAGAUUUCGUCAAACCUUUCCAAAUUAACUUGGACGAGGAUGGACCAUUGCCUCACAAUGACCAUCUCCGGUUUAAGCCCUUGGAUAUCUAUCCCGCACCACUGCACAGAUGUUGAACUCUGCAGGAGUGCAUGGUUUUUCUUCAUCCAGAGUGGUUUAGUCACAGCUCCUUUUGGAUGAAAAAUAAUCUAUUAUUGGCAAGAAGUUAUUGGAACAAGAUUUACAGUAGACAGUUGACAGAAGCGUCCUCCUCCGUAGAUAGAAUACACAACUGCAGUUUUGGCAAUUUCAUACACAGUUUGUUAAUUUGGAGCUUCCAAAAAAAAAAAAAAAA